AUGAUCAGCCGAUUUGCAAGGUCAGCAUUGAUCACCUCAAGCAAAAUUGAAGAGAGCCCAAGGAUACCUCAUAAACUAAGGACACAUCAACCACUUCCCUCAUCUCAGCCGCCUGAUGUAGCCUUAUUCCCUCCUUCAGCUACAGUAUCUUCUCCUGCGCCAGCUGAAGACAUCUCUUCCCCAACAGCUUUUCCUCCACCAGCUGAAGACAUCUCUCCUCCACCAGCUUCUCCCCCACCCUCUAAAGACAUCUCUCCUCCACCAGCUGAAGACAUCACUCCUCCACCAGCUUCUACUCCACCAGCUGAAGAUAUCUCUCCUCCACCAGCUUAUCCUCCACCAGCUGAAGACAUCUCUCCUCCACCAGCUUCUACUCCACCAGCUGAAGACAUCUCUCCUCCACCAGCUUCUCCUCCACCAGCUGAAGACAUCUCUUCCCCAACAGCUUCUCCUCCACCAGCUGAAGACAUCUCUCCUCCACCAGCUUCUACUCCCCCAGCUGAAGACAUCUCUCCUCCACCAGCUUCUCCUCCACCAGCUGAAGACAUCUCUUCCCCAACAGCUUCUCCUCCACCAGCUGAAGACAUCUCUCCUCCACCAGCUUCUCCUCCACCCUCUGAAGACAUCUCUCCUCCACCAGCUGAAGACAUCUCUCCUCCACCAGCUUAUCCUCCACCAGCUGAAGACAUCUCUCCUCCACCAGCUUCUACUCCACCAGCUGAAGACAUCCCUCCUCCACCAGCUUCUACUCCACCAGCUGAAGACAUCUCUCCUCCACCAGCUUAUCCUCCACCAGCUGAAGACAUCUCUCCUCCACCAGCUUAUCCUCCACCAGCUAAAGAAAUCUCUCCUCCACCAGCUUUUACUCCACCAGCUUCAAACCUUUGUCCUCCACCAGCUAAAGACGUCUCUCCUCCACCCACUGCAGUUGUCUCUCCUUCAACAGCUAAACAUCUUUCUUUUUCACCUCCAGCUGGGACAUCUUAUGAUGUAACCUCUUUUCAUUAA